AUGGCGAUGAAGGCGCUCAGAGGGAUGGUGAACGGGGCCAUGAGCGAGCUCUCCUCGGCCGUCAGCGGGAACCGACCGGCGGCUUCGACCGCCGCCUCCCGGGAGCAUGUGAUGGCGGUGCGCCGGGAUUAUAUAUCCCAACCCCGCCUCACCUAUAAAACAGUGUCUGGAGUCAACGGCCCGCUGGUGAUUUUGGACGAGGUGAAGUUUCCGAGGUACGCAGAGAUCGUCCAUCUCACCCUGCCUGACGGCACCAAGAGGAGCGGGCAGGUGCUGGAGGUCACCGGCUCCAAAGCUGUGGUUCAGGUGUUUGAGGGGACGUCAGGUAUCGAUGCCAAGAAGACCAGCUGUGAGUUUACAGGAGACAUCUUGCGGACACCCGUCUCUGAGGACAUGUUGGGUCGUGUGUUUAAUGGAUCUGGUAAACCUAUCGACAGAGGACCAGCAGUCAUGGCUGAAGACUUCUUGGACAUCAUGGGUCAGCCUAUUAACCCUCAGUGUCGUAUCUACCCUGAGGAGAUGAUCCAGACCGGCAUAUCUGCUAUCGAUGGCAUGAACAGCAUCGCCAGAGGGCAGAAAAUACCCAUCUUCUCUGCAGCAGGGCUACCACACAAUGAGAUCGCAGCUCAGAUCUGUCGGCAGGCCGGUUUGGUAAAGAAGUCCAAGGACGUGAUGGACUACAGUGAGGACAACUUCGCCAUCGUAUUUGCAGCCAUGGGGGUGUCUGCAGCCAGGGAGGAGGUGCCGGGCCGGCGAGGAUUUCCUGGUUACAUGUACACAGAUUUGGCCACCAUCUAUGAGAGAGCUGGCAGAGUAGAAGGACGUAACGGCUCCAUCACCCAAAUCCCCAUCCUCACCAUGCCCAAUGACGACAUCACCCAUCCUAUUCCCGACCUGACUGGUUACAUCACUGAGGGACAAAUCUAUGUGGACAGACAACUUCACAACAGACAGAUUUAUCCUCCCAUCAACGUGCUGCCGUCUCUCUCUCGUCUGAUGAAGUCUGCCAUCGGGGAGGGAAUGACCCGCAGAGACCACUCUGAUGUUUCCAACCAGCUCUAUGCGUGUUAUGCCAUAGGGAAGGACGUCCAGGCCAUGAAGGCAGUGGUGGGGGAGGAGGCUCUGACAGCUGAUGACCUGCUCUAUCUGGAGUUCCUGACCAAGUUUGAGAAAAACUUCAUCUCCCAAGGUGCCUACGAGAACAGGAGUGUGUUUGAGACUCUGGACAUCGGAUGGCAGCUCAUGAGGAUCUUCCCCAAGGAGAUGCUGAAGAGGAUCCCUCAGAGCACCUUAGCGGAGUUUUACCCCCGAGAAGCCAAACAUUAACCAGACACACUCAUCGGUAUCUCCAGCAGUCCUGCCGCUUCCUUCCUGUUUCAGUGAAGUGUCACUGCAUACAUACAGUAUAGUGAUGAUGUGCUGCUGUAACUGUCUCGACGCUUGUGACGUUCACAACAAACCAUUCCUGCUUAAACAACCAGAAACACACAGAGGGAAGUACUCCAACAUACACAGAGGCUUGUAUGAGUUUACAGUGUGAAUGUGUAGAGGAAAAGAACAGUGUCUUCAUGUCGUUAACGUGUGUGAUAAUGAUGAGGAUAUUUUUAUUAUGGUGUGCAUGACUGCA